GUCGGUGACUGCGGGUGGAGCUUUCGUUGUCAUCUUGUUGCGAAAAUAUUCCAGUGUUCAGGGUUCUUCAAUACAACUGUCGUAGUAGUCGCGUAGGGCCUCUACUAACUGCGCAUCAGUGCCGAGAGCGUGCGCAAUCGCUAGCCUGGUUGAGCUGGUGUUGCUGUAGGCCGACGCUCGACCCACUUGUUGCACGGUGGCGUUCGACGCGAAAAUCAUAUUAUUGCCUUCAGCCUGCCCUCUCCCAGUGUCCAAAGCAUUCGAGUCGUUACUCGAGACUUCUCCGCCUUAACUCGCCCAGUACGUUCAGGACUACGAGGGUUUGUCACGCAAUUGUCGUCUAGUCAUCGACCAUGAACUGGCUUGCCUCCCUCUUCUCCGGUGGCAACAAGCAAUCUUCGAGAAGAGGACAGGCAAUGUCCACAACUCAAGAAGCCUUCUCCCUCCCAACGUCUACCCCCCACCUCAACCCUCUUACCGACCCUUACCCUUACAACUCGGACGGUCUUCGCACGGCAAGCCCUCUCAGUCCUUCGUACACUUACCCACCCCAGUCACCCACCGGUUCGUACUCUUAUGUGCCGACGUCUUCCGGUUCACGGUCACGACCAGCUUCCUUACUUCCCCUUCACCACGCACCCUACACGGAUGCUCUAACACCUCCCCCUCCCUACCCACCUCUAGGCCAUACUUGGAAUCGGUUAAAGCUCUGGCUCGCUCGCGAGUACCCAGAGCUAGGUGACACCCUCAACUAUGGUAUUCUUCCUCAGGAUCUGGCACAAAUCGAGAUGCAAUUUGGCUUUGCUCUCCCAGCUCCAGUCCGGGAAUCUUACCUAGCCGUUGAUGGUCAGGAAGCAGAGUCAUCUGCAGGGUGCUCUGACGAUGUCUUUGAGGAGUGGCGAUUCUGGAGAGAAGUGGAUGAGGAUCCUACAACCGGUGCGAAUACCCGUCUUCGUGACCUCAUGAAGUCGAUACCCGAUGGUUGGGUGCGCAAGGAGUACUCUCAAAGGGGCUGGAUACCCCUCAUUGCCGACAAAGCCGGAAACUACAUUGGCGUGGAUCUCAACCCUGGCGAAGGUGGAAGUAUCGGUCAGGUAAUUGUCUUCGGCAGAGAUUUCGACACAAAGGUGGUACUUUGGCGCGGUGACGGUCCUGGAGGAUGGGCGACAUGGUUGGCAAGUUUUAUGGACGAGUUGGAGAGCGGUGAAGGUUUCGAACUUGGUCACGGAAAUAGCGAGAGCGAGGGAAGUGAAGAUGAUAUCGGCUACGAGAACUACUUUCAUGAUGGGACCGGGGGAGGUCAGGGUGACAGUGGUGGCGAAGCAGGUGUCGGUGGCUGGCGUUUGACUGGUGAAUACAGAGGGUGGAGUCCCAUCGAAGCCUGGGCUGAUAAAAGCGUCAAGAAGUGGCGAGAGGCAGGACUACUUACCAAGGAUCCGUCGUCAACCACCAAGGGCAAGGUGCCCGAAAACCAUGGUCUGCGUGUCCUCGACCUUUCUGAGUCAUGUGCUGUCGUGCCCAUACCAGUCCUGGGAGACAAGUCAGACGAGGAACCUGCCGCCCUCCCCGAAGUAACCAAAGCGGCGGCCAAGCCACCGCUUCCCACCAUUUCGAUCACGAAACCUCCACCGCCGUUACCCAUCAGUGUCCCGACAGUUAGCGAUGUCGUUCCAUUACCUUCUCCACCAGAUUCACAACGCUCUUCUACUGACGAUCUAGAGGCUGGACGUGCUCUUGGUUACCGAGAGUCGCUGGAUGACAGCGCACAUCCUCGACAGAUGUUGCAUCCUCUAAUUACUGAGGUGACCGGGCCUCCAAAAGUGAGAUCGACUGCACCCGCUGUUAUCGACGACCUUCUUGCAGACUCGACCCCGCUGGAAGCUGUCCCCUCUAUAAGUCCGGCGAAGGAGUCCGAAACUGGUCCCCCCGAUGUUCCCGAUUUAGAGGCAAAUUUGCCAACCCAACCAGAAGUCGAGGAACCGGCAGGUGCGACAAUCCGGUUGGUUAGCGAAGGACAUCUUCCUGCGGUGGACUCCUUUCCCCUUGCUAAUGAAGACAAGGAACCUAUGGAUUCUACAGAAUCACAAUCACAGCAAAAUGUGACUCACAAAAAGAACGGUUCAAGCCCGUCAUCGGAUCGCAAAAGAUUUAGCAUUCCAGAUCUGCAUCACGAGAGGGACUCGUCAGGCACUCAUAGCACAAAGAGCGAUGACACUCCCAAGCCUUCCGACGGCACAUUCACGCUUUAAUAUUUUUCAACCUCGAACUGACACACACGAGCUUCGUGUUCAGGGCUUUGCACUACUUUCUACUUCAUUGUGACACUUGGCCCUGUUAAUAGUCUUUCAUUGUUUUUCUCAUCCGUUACACUGUUUGACUUGGCAUUGUCGACAUGACCACCUACCGACCAUUGCAUUUCUCUCUCUCUCCCUUUUCAUCGUGGCCCUAUACCCACUCGCGUGACUACAGAACAAUACGACGUGCUACGCGUUGUUUAUAAUAUAUGCAUUAGUUCUCCAUUGAACGGUUCUUGCACAUCAAUGUUGCGUUGAUUUCAAUAUUUUCUG